AUGUCGUCCGAACAAGAGACGAAGAGUACUGAAGAAACCCAAAUCGGCGGAAACCUCGACGCUGCUGGUUCUGCUUCAGGAGCUGCAAACAUCGGAGCAAACGCUUCCUCCAAGAAGUCUGAAGAGAGACGAAAGCCCAAAAAGCUAGGCCAGAAAAGUCAAGCGAACGGUGAAAAAGCAGACGGCGAAGGCGACGCGGACGGACCAGAAGAAUCUCCAACACCACAACCAAAGAUGGACCCGCAGACAUCAGCGUCAGCAUCUGCCCGCUCCGGUUCUCGACGAGGGAGCCGGGGUCGCGGUCGAGACUCAAGCGAACCCCCCAGUGAGGUUGAUAGCGCAUAUCGAAGCGACGUCUCCCAGAAAGGCGGACGACGGAACCGAAACCGGAACAGAGGCAAGGCCCAGGCCCAAACACAACAGCAAGGGAAGGGCGGCCUCCUCGGCGGAGGCGGCGGGCCCCUUGAUGCAGUUGAUGAGGUCGGAGACACGGUGAAUGGCGUCGUUGACGGCGCCGGAAACCUCGUGAACGACACCGUCGGCAAGACUUUGAGCAAGCCCCAUGAAGCCCUUGGAGGACUGCUGCACAGCAAAGGCGGCAAGGAAGGAGAGGGAGAAGAAGGUGACGGCGAAACCAACGAACAGUUGAGAUUAAGACUCGAUCUUAAUCUAGACAUUGAAGUCCAACUGAAGGCCAAAAUUCAUGGCGAUUUGACCCUUGGCUUAUUGUCAGUCAAUCAUCCAUUCCACUGCGCGAAUGCUAACGUCUCACAGGAACUAGUGCAUGACCUCGAUUGGACACCACCCUCUACAUCCCCUUCAAAAUACCUCUACAAGCACAGCCUUUACAACGAAUUAGCAGACAACAGCCGAGCUGCUAUAGCCGUUAUCCGCAUGUCCGGCCCGGCAUGUUUGCAUAUUUAUCAACAGCUCUGCCCGAAUCGCGGACUCCCUAGACCUCGCACCGCGGCGCUACGAAAGCUCUACGAUCCCGAAACCGCACGAUCCUCAGAUCCCCGAGUCCUUGAUACCGGCUCAUUGGUCCUAUACUUCCCUGCGCCCAACACGGUGACCGGCGAGGAUGUACUGGAGUUCCACGUCCACGGUGGCCCCGCCAUUGUUCGCUCGGUGUUGGCCGCCAUAGCGAGAUGUGGGCACUUGAUGCACGGAAGAGAAGGAACAGUGAGACAUGCCGAACCUGGCGAGUUCACAAAAUGGGCAUUCUACAAUGGGAGAUUGGAUCUCACCCAGGCUGAGGCCCUGGGCGAGAGCCUCGCAGCGGAGACCGAACAACAGCGGCGAUUAGCUGUCAGCGGCGCAGAUGGCGGACUCGCGAAACGAUACGAAGAAUGGCGCACCAUGUUGCUAUAUGCUCGAGGGGAGCUAGAGGCUCUGAUCGACUUCUCGGAGGACCAACAUUUCGAUGAGUCGCCAGUCGAGUUUGUGGCCUCGAUCUCGACGCAGGUCCAAGCACUGAAGAGAAAAAUUGAGCUUCACCUUCAGAAUGCCUCAAAAGGGGAACUGCUCCGCAAUGGCAUUAACGUAGCUUUCCUGGGGGCACCAAAUGCGGGCAAGAGUUCCUUGCUCAACCAGAUCGUUGGACGAGAGGCUGCAAUCGUCAGCGCCGAAGAAGGGACCACUCGAGACAUUGUUGACGUGUCGAUCGAUCUCAAUGGUUGGCUAUGCAGACUUGGUGACAUGGCCGGACUCCGUGCCACUGGCACUGUCGGAGAGCAGCAGCAGCAGCAACUUGUCGGCGCCGUGGAACUCGAAGGCAUCCGUCGGGCACGAGAGCGGGCCCUACAAUCGGACGUUGUUCUGGUUCUAUUACCCGUCGAAAUGGAUAAAGAUGGGAACCCGCAAGUCCCUGUCAACGGAGAAGUACUUGAGGCUGUGCAACAAUGCGAUGCUGCCGGCAAGAUUAUUCUCGUUGUUCUAAAUAAGAUUGACCUGCUCGGCAUGCAUGAUGAUCCAAAACAAGAAGGCAUGAUAGCCUUGCAGACGCGGAUCCAUCAGAUAUUCCCAACUGUCCCUGAACGACGGAUUUGCUUGGUAUCCUGCAAAGAUGCAACAACCAACGUGGUCGGCUCCGAUCCAGGUGGGAUCCAAGCAUUCCUCAAACAACUAACCAGCUCAUUCAUGGAGUUGACGGCACCGUCAGCCGGCGAAGACAUUGCGGAAGUGCAACUAACUGCGGCAGAAGCGCAGUUCUACUGGACCACGUCCCUUUCAGUCACGCACCGGCAGACCACGUACCUAUCGCAGUGCUUACAUCAUCUCGAGGACUUCCUUGCCCAGAGCCAGUCACGGCCGCAAUCUCACCUGCAUAUGGAUACCCCGGAAUUCUCCGAUUCGCGUGCUUCUGCCACUGAUUACCGCACUGAUCGCCACAAUGACCUUGUUGCUCCAAAUAUAGCACAGGUCGAUGGAGAUGGGGAUACAGAUGGUGCAGUCGAUAUCGUGACUGCAGCGGAACAUCUCCGUUUCGCCGCCGACUGCCUCGCCAAAAUCACGGGCAAGGGAGGAUCCGGUGAUGUGGAGGACAUCCUUGGAGUUGUUUUCGAAAAGUGA